UUUGUCUUUUCCUCUGCAUGGCACUUGCAAGUAACAAGUAACAAGUAACAAGUAAUAACAGCAACCUAAAUGAUACAUCAGAAUAAAUGGCACACUUUUACUGCCCAGCCUUAAAAGGUAGCUGAUGGUUGCAAGUGCAAGCGAAGCAAAGCAAGUCUUCUCAAUUUUUAAUUCUAUCCCUAAAACUCUGUCUUCACAUUUAUCCCCCUGCAACUCUCUCUCUCAAAAUAAAUUAGUUAGAACCAAUAUCCACCAUUAAUCACUUUAAUCACUUCAACCCUCCGCCACUCAUUCAAUCAGCAAUAUUUUACAUAAGCUCUAGCUCGUUGCUUCUCUUGCAAAAUAACCCUCUACAACCUAUUUCUUCAAUUUUCUAUCGCAUUAGCUCCUUCUCUCUCCAUAAAAGCAGACUGAAUGUGUAUCCUGCCAACAGAAACAUUUAAGCUGGACAUCUUCCACUGAGUAUUCAAUGCUCGCUUAAUUUCUUGAAUUUUUAUAGGUCCGCUUUCAUUGAUCAUUUUCAUCUUAGCCUUGUUCUGUUACAUUUCACUUCUACAGAUACCGCCUCAGUCCUUUUGUUUCUUUUGUACCAAUUUACAGAGAGCAAAAACAGAAAAGUUUGCAUCUUUUAAAGAUUAUAGGCCUUCGCAUCAACUUUGAAAGAGGGAGAGCGAGGAUGAAUUGAUAACGUCCAGAAAAAGUACACAUUGAUUUAUUAUUAUGGAGAGAGAAAAAGAGAUGAAUAACUCAAGCCCACAAAAGGACAUUCCAUUCUCAAGAAAUGGCGGUUAUGCAAGAGCAGAAAAUGGCCGCAUUAUAGCUACUUCAUCAGUAUCCCAACCAACCUCCGGUGGAAAUACCCCUUCAAUCCUGCUGGAGGACCAAAGCCCCUUCAAGAAAGUGGUGAGUUACAAGGAAUGCCUCAAGAACCAUGCAGCAGCUAUAGGUGGGAAUGCAACAGAUGGGUGCGGUGAAUUCAUGCCAAGUGGUGAACAAGGCACCCUCGAGGCCCUCAGGUGCUCAGCCUGCAACUGCCACAGAAACUUUCACAGGAAAGAGAUAGAUGGUGAGCAUUCGUAUCACUCUCCUAUGAUCUCUGGCUACAAUCCUGGAAAUACACUCGUCUUAGGCCAUCGCAGCCGACCACCACAAGGAUAUCUUAUUAAUCCCUUGCUUUCCUCAAGGAGAUCGCCAACUCCGCAGAUGAUAGUAUCCUACAGAAGCGGUUCAGUCCCUUCAGAAUAUGAUGAGAAGGGUAAUGGUGAUGAUGAUGGAGAUGGAGCAGUUGCAACUAGUCCAGUUGAGAAGAAGCCGAAAAAGAGAUUCAGGACCAAGUUCACAGAAGAACAGAAGCAAGAGAUGCUCAACUUUGCAGAGAAGGCUGGAUGGAAAAUGCAAAAUCUGGAAGAAUCUGCUGUGCAGCGACUUUGCCAAGGGAUUGGGAUUAAGAGGAGAGUUUUCAAAGUAUGGAUGCACAACAACAAGCACCAGUUUGCCAAGAAAAACUCCUCACCUAAUUAGAAUCAGAGCACUUUCUUUUUCACUUUACGAUUUAUGCUUCCACAUGCUCUUCAUAUUGUGUUUUACGCUUUCCUCUUAAUUGUGUUUUCGUUCUUUAAGACUAUGUGCUUUGGUGGCAUGUGUAAUAGUCUAGAUUUCCGGCUUGAAUGUGCCAGAAUUUUGAGUAAUGGCACAUAUCCACGAUUACGCAGUCAAGAAAGUUUAUUUCUA